AUGUUUCUAAUCACUAUAAUAGUUCUCUAUGCUUUUGAACGAGUUCAAGGAGAAACACGUCCAUUAGUUAUUGGUCAUCGUGGUACAGCCUAUUUACCUGAACUUACAUUAGCUUCACAAUCAAUGGCUUAUGCUUAUGGUGCAGAUAUAAUUGAAAUUGAUGUUUGUCUCAGUCGAGAUAAUCAAUUAAUUGUAAUUCAUGACAUCUAUUUAGAUGGAGUGAGUAAUGUGGCUGAAGUUUUUCCUAAUCGCAAUCGUUCAAAUGGUUUUCAUUAUGUUAUUGAUUUUGAUUUGGAAGAAUUACGUCGUUUAAGUAUUCGUGAACGUUUUAUACCAUUCAAUGGUACACAAGUAUUUCCUUUACGAUUGCCUUCUAAUACGAAUAUUUCUUUUCGUCUAUCAACACUCAAUGAAACAGUUGAAUUAUUACUCGGUCUUAAUCGUGCCACAGGUCAACGACGUCAAUUACUGAUUGAAAUAAAAAAACCUGAAUACCAUUCAAAAUAUAAUAAAUCUAUAUCAUCUAUUGUACUUGCAACAUUAAAUGCUUACAAUCUAAUACAAACAACAGAUCCUGUUAUUCUACAAACAUUUCAUAUAGAAGAAUUAAUGCAUAUUCGUCGAAAUCUCGGUAGUAAAUUACGUUUAUUUGCAUUAAUGACAUGGAAUCAAAUAAAUGAAUCAUCAAGUGAUUAUGAUUUUUAUCGAAGUGAAGAAGGUAUAAGAAAUUUAUCAAAUGUUGUUCAAGCACUUGCACCUAAUCAUGAAUUUGUUGUUAACUAUGAUUCAAAUGGUACAAUCUUAGGUUUUACUAAUUUGACAAAAUGGGCUCAUCAAUAUGGUCUGACUGUUUAUCCAUUUACAUUUCGACAAGAUUUGUUUCCUGGUAAUAAUUUUGAAAAACUUAUUGCAUAUUUUUGGCAUACAGUGAAAGUGGAUGGUUUUAUAACCGAUCAUCCAAAUGUGAUUCUUGAAUAUUUGCAAAGAGAAAUGACAUUGUCUAAUCUCACUACUAUGCAUCAAAAUUUGUCGUCACGCUUAGUUUUAUCAAUGAUGAUACUUAUUUUCAAUAUUAUAGUUACGUCAAAGAAAAUUUGUCAGACUUUAUUAAUCAUAAAGAGUGAUUGA